UUCCUGAGAUGAUCUCAUCUGAACCCGGCUCCAAGGACCUCAGCAGCGGCAGGAACCGGAGGCAGCUUGCUUUCUGCCCUGGCCAUGUUUUGAAACAGGCAAAAUCAGGUGGUCACAAAGCACCGAGCUGAUGUCCCUGUGCUAUGCGGCUGCUUCCCACUAGAGCACAGGCUCCAGACGUGCAGGCUCAGCGGCCAUGGCUCACGGGCCCAGCCGCUCUGCAGCAUGUGGGAUCCUCCCAGACGGGGGCACGAACUCGUGUCCCCUGCAUCGGCAGGCGGACUCUCAACCACUGCGCCACCAGAGAAGCCCAAGAAUGGUGUUUAAAGCCACCUGACUGGGGUCUCCUCGAGAGAGAGAGAGUGUGGAUGGAGAGGACGUGGAAGACAGCCUAGAUUUUAUCAUGUGGGCAACCUGCUGCAACUGGUUCUGCCUGGAUGGACAGCCUGAGGAGGCCCCACCACCCCAGGGAGCCAGGACGCAGGCCUAUUCCAACCCUGGGUACAGCUCCUUCCCUUCCCCCACGGGCUCGGAACCAAACUGCAAGGCCUGCGGGGCCCACUUCGCAAGCAUGACCAGGAAGCAGCAGACCUGCUUGGACUGUAAGAAGAAUUUCUGCGUGGCCUGUUCGAGCCAAGUGGGGAGCGGGCCCCGCCUCUGCCUUCUCUGCCAGCGUUUCCGAGCCACAGCCUUUCAGCGGGAGGAGCUCAUGAAGAUGAAGGUGAAGGACCUGAGGGACUAUCUCAGCCUCCAUGACAUCUCUACCGACAUGUGCCGGGAGAAAGAGGAGCUGGUGUUCUUGGUGCUUGGCCAGCAGCCUGUAAUCUCCCAGGAGGGCAGGACUCAUGCCCCCAGCCUGUCCCCGGACUCCCCCGAGCAGCAGGCCUUCCUGACCCAGCCUCACACCAGCACGAUACCUCCUACCUCACCCGGCCUCCCUUCUUCACCCCCAGCCCAGGCUCGGGACCGGCAGCAGGCCAAUGGCCAUGUGUCUCAGGACCAAGAGGAACCCGUCUACCUGGAGAGCACAGCCAGAGCACCUGCUGAGGAUGAGACGCAGUCUGUUGACUCAGAGGACAGCUUCGUCCCAGGCCGGAGGGCCUCUCUGUCUGACCUGACCGACCUGGAGGACAUUGAAGGUCUAACCGUGCGGCAGCUCAAAGAGAUCCUGGCUCGCAACUUCGUCAACUACAAGGGCUGCUGUGAGAAGUGGGAGCUGAUGGAGAGGGUGACGCGGCUGUACAAGGAUCAGAAGGGGCUACAGCACCUGGCGUGUGGUGCUGAAGACCAAAACGGGGGAGCAGUGCCAUCCAGCCUGGAGGAGAACCUGUGUCGGAUCUGCAUGGACUCGCCCAUCGACUGUGUUCUGCUGGAGUGCGGCCACAUGGUCACCUGUACCAAGUGUGGCAAGCGCAUGAACGAGUGUCCCAUCUGCCGGCAGUACGUGAUCCGAGCCGUGCACGUCUUCCGAUCCUGAGGGCUUGUACCAGCUUCUUCAGUGCCUUACAGGGACAUAGCUCGAGGUGUCUGGGCCCACAGUUGGCCAGCUUGCAGGGGGGCAGCCUAACAAGAAAAUCUGCAGUGUUCCCAAGACCAGGGCAAGCAAGAUGCUGUGUCACCUCUGGGCAUGCACAGAUCGCACAGGCAAGUCCCUGUUUCAGCGAUCUUGGGGUGAUGAUGGUAACUAAUGAAGAGAGGACUUUCUGGAAUUUGGACCGUAUCUUCCUCCCUUCCUCUGAGAACCUAAACAGUUUCACCCUUCCUCCUGUAGCCCACCCAUCCCCCUGAACUGCGUGUCUCUGUUCCACCCAUCGGAAGUCCUGGUGGAAAUGGCUCUCUUCUUCCCCAGCACAUCUGGAUUCAUUUCUGGUCCCUCUGGCUUUCUGUGCUUUAACCGACCUUUGCUAAAGUCUCUUGCUACAUUACCUAAAAUCCAUGUGUUUCUUCAGACCAAAAAGAUGUUAGCUUCCCAGACCAAUAGUGAUCCUCCUUAGGACAGAAUUUGGCCCAGUAAACUCAUUUCUGGCGAGAAAUGAAACACAAAUGCUAUGGAAAAAAUUUGAAGUCAUUAAGAGUUGCUUCCUUAAGUGCUGGGAUUGGAAGCUAUCAGUCUCUUGACCUGACCUUGGCAGUCAACAAAGCAUCUGGCUUUCAAACUGCUGGGAAAUUCCAGUCUCUGUGCGCGAGAUGGUGCGUGGAUCAUCUCUGCUGCUUCUCUUGGGGCCUGACUUUGUGCCAUCCUUAAUUUUAGUUUAUGAGAAAAGGGAAAGCAUUGGGUGGAAGCAAUGGCUUUCUGCUUGGCUUUGCCUUGUCCAGCAGCCAGCCUUAAACCACUUUCCCCUGAGCGUGAGAUCCCUCUUUCCCAUGGAGGUUUUAAACAUGGUCUCACUGAAGGAACAGAGAGAGAGAGCCUCACGCUUCUCUAGCUAGACUUCUCAUGAAGCUCCCAGAGACUGAGCAUGUAAGACAGAGCACCUAAGAGGUAUCAGAAGGUACUGAACGAGGCUGGAUUCAGCCCUUGAGCGGACAGCUGGAAGUCUUAGUUCCCCAGGUUGGUGGGGACUCCCUACUCCCAUUUCCUUUCUCAACCUGCUGAUUUAGGGGCAGGUCAGGAAGAAGCAUUCUCUAGGCCCUUUAGGAAGGGCCGUGCAACGAACAGGUGAUGUUCUCGAGCCCUCUUAGUGUCUUUUCACCACUGGAAGAGCUUAAGUUUGCCGGAGAAGCUUAACCAAGCACAAACGUACGUACUGUGUACUAUCAGAAGAGCGGUGUGUGCUGCCGUCACUACUGGGCGAGCUAUGCAAACCCUUGAACACCCGAAGGCCUUGGCAGUCCCCCCACCCCCACCCCAUGCAGCCAAGAUCUCUCAGACUGGAAGAACCAGUCAUGACUUUGAAAGCAGUGGGAAACCUCUAAGAGGACCUGUUUAUUGGUACAGACAUGUUUAAUGCUUUCUGUCAACCACUAAUCUCUUUUGGGGGAGUGAAAUAAUUUUAAAGUGGUUGUCAGCUGAACACUGGACCACUUACCUUGACAUUAUACUGGGUGAUUUGAUUCUGAGCUACAGCCUUUCUAGGAACUGGGGGAGUCAAGAAAUUUCCCUAUAAAGACAUCGUCUUUCAUCUUUCUGCUGGACAGUAAAUACUACAGUUUACAGUGCCUACCAGUUUAACAAAGGAUUCAGCUACUCCUCAAUUCCACUGUGAAACAGGUCUACAUGUAUGCAGCUCAGUUACAACCUAGCAAUAACUUCAGGGCAGAAGCUGGCUGUCUCCCUACUUAAAACUUGCUUUCUCUGCUGAGGCCUUACCUCUCCCUACCUCCCAACUUCCCUCUUAGACAUGAGUUAAUAAUAUCCUGAUGGUUGGUCUGUAACCUCAGUAAGAAUUAGAACUGAUGUCAUUUACUCAUUUUGGAGAAAGAACUUGCCUUGAAGUCUUCUAACCUCUUUUGGUGGUUUCCAUUUACGAAAAAAAGGUGGCAAACACCUCCCCCCACUUUUUUUGUAUCUUCUUUAUUCCUACACCAAGUAAAAGUUGGGAAUUCUAAGAUCCCAUUUCAGUUACUAUCUAACCUAGGUAGAAAACUUGACUUUUAUCCUUGAAUAUUCUCUCCUGCUCCUCAUAGGUCCUUGGUCUUAAUUAUCAUGGAAACAUCUAAUUCUUCCAUUAUUCCAUGGCUUUUGCUGUGACUGUUCUGAGGUUUCAGUUGAGACUUGUUUUAAAAGACAUGGACAGCUGACUGGUUCAUAAUACAUUGGAAUAGCUGGAUCCAAACUAGUAAGAAUAAGCUGUACAGGAAUUAGUGCUCAAUAUAAAAUGUAUAAAUUUGUUGAAAUCUUUUGGAUGUGAAUGUGUUAUUUCAAGUGGCUUAUGUUAAGAUUUUCUCAGACUUACUUGGGUGUUAAGAGCAAACCCAAAUGUGUAUUUUUUGUUACAGAGCUCUGCUUUAUAACUUUGUAAUAAAGUUUCAGUAUAGAUGCCUGUCUGAUCUGGUGUGAGGAUACCAGAGGUCUGACAGUUAAGACUGACAUGAGCUGACAAACCACAGGCUAAUCCCAGGCACACAGGCAUGCUCUUGAGAGACUGCAUUAUUUUUGGAGAUGCUUGGGCCAUGUGGCCUUGGUCAUGGAAGAGCCUAGAAGAGGAUGGGACCUGGGUAGGAAAAAGGACCAAUCCUAAGUCCAAAUAGGAAAACGCAAGUGAGUUCAGGCAUGGGACACUGAUUUGGUAGAGGCAGACCUUAAAGAUGUGGGUAGAAAGGAAUCUAAGGACAGCCAGGGUGCCUAGUUAAGUCUUCAGGUGACCCUGGGAGAUGGACAGUAGCUUGUGGAUACAGCUGUGGUGGCUGGAGUGUGGCUCAGAGGUUGGCCCAGCAUUGAGGGCAGAGUGCCCUGUCUGUGCAGGUCUGUACGCCUGCCUGACCAGGUGUCCAGGGGAGGGGACCCCUGAGUAGGCCGCCUUUGGGAGAGCUGGAUUAGUGCAGAUCUGCCUUGUGACUGAGGAAAGAAGAAAUCUUGCCAAAAGGGCGGGCAUAAAGCCUCGAGGCUGAGCCAUAGCACUUUGUCCUCAUUGUUCUGGGCAGCUGACCUGUUCAGCACCCUGGAUGACCUCUUGUUUGCUGCCAACCAGCAGCAAGUAAACAAAGGCUCAGAGGAGGGCAGGCCUCCAGCACUCUGCUGGGGAGGUCUAAGAUGUUGUUUACGGUCUGUGGAAAUACAUGGAUACAAAAUCACAUCUAACCUCAGCAGCAAAGAAAAAUUGUGUCGGAAAGACUGGAAGGAAAUAAACACCUUGUACAGUGAACCGAAGACAACACACCCAGCGAGGCAGGGAGGGGCUGAGGGGCUGAGCUCAUGACUGAGACUCCCCACUCUGCUGUGCGGCACACCCUGAGUGAGAGACCAGCCAGGCAAAAGGGCAGUGUCUGUGUCCGUUGGCAAAAUCCUGAGGGGAGAGCCCUGUUCUGCUGCUCUGUCCAGUUGCUUGGCCUGAGGAGGCUGGAGAUGGGAUGAAAAUUUAUGUAGGUCAGUGCUCAGAGGAGCAGCUUUUGUUUCCACAGAGGACAGAAUAAAGUGUCAUCUUCUCAACAGUGAA